UACAGGGUCUGAUGGAGCAGACAGAGAGUCAGAUGAGGAGCAGACUGGGGGACAUCUGUGAGAGGAGACAGAGGUAUACUGAUUGAUUGGAUUUGUACGAGGACGCGGCUACAGCAUCCAUGGUGACCACCAAACACAUCUACAAUAUCAACCGCAAGGCCAUCGUCAAGACACACAUGUCUGAGCUGAGGUACGUGGAGUUUGCUGAGGGUUUGGCCAUGAACCUGACAUCGCUAAGGAAACGGUCGGCUGCGUUGCUACGGAAACUGAAGGAGCAGCGAAGCCACGUCCAGAAACAGCUAGAGGACAUGUACCGGCAAGAGGUGGACGUUGAGAUCAAACUGCGCUCCUGUCAAGGAUCAUGCAACAGGUCCAUCGCUUUCCGUAUCGACCACGACAGCUACAGAUCGAUGGCCAAUCAGAUGGCCCUGUUCAGUAACACCGCCAAGCAUCGGAAGAGCUCUCCUCUUAAUAAGGACAUCGCUAAGAUCAAACUACAGCCGGUGGCUGUCGAUCCCCCGCCAUCGACCGCCUAUAAAACCAUCCCCAUGGUCCAGAAGGAACUCCUGACUCAGUUUGAGGAUCUAGAACAGAAUCAUGUGGUUCUGGAAGAGGUUCUAGAAGAAACGGAAUGCCUGGGUUCUGAAAGGGAGAGAGGAAAAGGAGAAGCAGGCGUUCUAGAAUGUAAAUAAUAAACUCAGAUAGAGAUGUCUGCCUCUCUGUGAUAUCUUGGUUCGGUUCUGAUAGAUAUGUUAUUAUGAAAACAUUGAGGUCAUAUUUUUAUUUACUUCUAAUAAAGGACUGCUGUUUUAA